AUGUCGUUCCGGGAACUUCGGAACUUCUGCGAGAUCAUGAGAUCAUUAGGGUAUCAUCGGCUGGUCUCCAUGGAUAACUUCCGAACUCCGAAUUUCGAGCUUGUGGCCGACGUCUUGGACUGGCUUCUGCAUCGAUUCGAGCCUGGAUGCGCUAUUCCGGACGACAUCAGCACCGAAGCGGACAGAGUCCUGUUCAUCAAGUCGGUGGUUGAGAAGGUGGUGCUGAAGACCGGCCUCAAACUCAACCCCAAAAAGCUGUACGGUGCCGACGGCUAUGCCGUCAAGGAACUGCUCCGCCUGGCACAGGUGUUGUACGAGGCGCAGAGAUCUGUUUCGGAAGUGCCCGCAGAAGGUCGCGGCGAAGACUUCACCCUAAACUCGAAGUUAGCUGAUCUGAAGAGCACGCGCUCCCUGUGCUCGCAGAUCGUGGAAAGUGGGGCGACUCUGUUUGAACUGCUGCAGAAGGAGCAGGAGGUACGACAAGACCGAGAAAAAGCUUUGCAUUUCUUAGAGGGUAUGUCUCGCAAUCUAGGCAGCAACACUGAGAACGAAAUGGUCGAGCGUGCCGUUUCGCAGCUUCUUGGCAGCCAUGGACAGAACCUCGAGCAGCUGAAGCAGAUGUCGGACGAGCUCCAGCGAGAUGAGAAGAGUUUGGAGCAGAAAAUCAAGAAGAAAAAGCAGGAGUUGGAGCGCUGCCGAAAACGGCUAGGCUCCCUGGCUUCGGUGCGCCCUGCCUUCAUGGACGAGUACGAGACGCUGGAACAAGAACUCGAGAGAUAUUACGAACAGUAUGUCGGGCGUUUUCGAAAUCUCGACUAUUUGGAGCAUGAAAUCGAUAUGCUGAACAAGGAGGAACAGGAGCGAAUGGAAGAGAACGACCGCGCACUGAAGCGCAUGCAGAAGCGUCUUCGCGAUGAGGAGUGGAGAUUGCUCCGUGGAGAGGAGGACGAUAAGGGGAAAGCACGCAAGCCGAAGAAGAUCCACGGCCAGAAGAGGUGGAUGCCUCCGUCAGCAGUGGAUGCUGUGGACGGCUCCAUGGAAGCCGGGGAUGACGAGGAGUCAUCUGAAGGCUCCAACAGUGACAGUGACCCGCCAAUAAGUGUGGGUGGUUCGGAGGACUCCGGUGGAUUGGGCCCAGGGCCGCGUGGUGGUGUCCUCGGACCUGAGCGGGAACGUGCUGUGUCGCCUCCUGACGGCUCGGUGCUCAUCGGCGGCGGAAACAGCGUGUCCGACGAUGACAUACUGAAUGAGUCCGACGAGGAGGAGCUGUCAGACGAGGACAUAGGAGGAUCUGGACGGCACCCUCAACCAGGAAGUGACUUUGACUUCUGA